AUGCUGCGCUCAGCUGUAAGCGCAAGGCAUGGCCUCUUCCCACCCACACAGACAGACGCUCUGGCUGCUGCUCGCCAUUGUCGGCUUCAGCACCACUUGAUGCCAUGCCAUGCCAUGCCAUGCAGCCUCUGGAUGCAGUCUGUGAGCACGCGCAACGCGGGCUACUCCAUUGUCAACAUCUCCUACCUCACAGCUGCCACCAACUUCCUCUUUUGUGGUUUCAUGUACGUGGCGGUUUACCCGGUGUUGCUCACGCGCCAGUCCUCCCGUGCGCAGCGCGACCUGCAAGACUCGGACGACCUAGCAGGCUUUGCAGAGGACCUGCAUGGGGGCGUGCUUGACUCUCCGUACAUGGCGGUCUACCCGGUCUUUCUCACACGUCAGUCCUCCCGAGAGCAGCGCGACGUGCAAGACUCGGACGACCUAGCUGUCUUCUCAGAGGACCUGCAUGGGGGCGUGCUUGACUCCUCCGUGCUGGCGCAGGGCCGGCACCUGGUGGCACAGGACUCGGUGUACCUGUUUGUCUCCGUCUUCCUCAUCUGCGUCAUCCAGAACGGGGAAUUCAACUCCGACCCAGCCAACUGGACCGUCUUCAAAGUGAUUUUCGAGAUUAUUAGGUACGCUCCCCCCUGCCCUGGUUUGGCGUCAAUUGAUUCGACUGAAAUGCGGCCGGAUGGGACUCGUCCUGUGCUGGUUUUCUCGCUCCUGGCAGCACAGGGGCAGCACCUGGUGGCAGUCCGUGGCACAUGGUGGCAUUCCGCGGCACAUGGUGGCAGUCCGUGGCACAUGGUGGCGCAGGACUCGGUUUCCUGUGGCAAUGCGGGCAUGUCUCUUGGAGAUUCAUAUUUAAGUGCCUACGGCAACGUGGGGCUGUCUCUGGGAAACAGCUGCCCCACCAGCAACCCCGACUGCACAGACGCGCCGCCCUACAGCUUUUCAGGCUCGUGGUCAGUGCUCUCUAAGCUAAUAGUCAUCCUCGUGAUGCUGCUGGGGCGGCACAGAGGUCUGCCUGUGCUCUUGCUGACCCUGCUCCCCUUCCUCCUCCCUUCUUUCCCCACUUUUCAAUUCUACCCGGCAGGCACGUGGUCAGUGAUGUCUAAGCUAAUAGUCAUCCUCGUGAUGCUGCUGGGCCGCCACAGAGGGCUACCAGACAACAUCGACGCCGCCAUUGUCAUUCCGCCGCCCAAGCAGUUCCAGCGCCGGCCUGCCCAGCGAAUCACAGGUGACGCGAGCUAA